AUGGACGAAUCCGCCGACAAAGUGCUGGAAGUGAACAGUAGUGAUGCAGCCACUCCAAAAAGAAAAAGACGGAUUAAACCUUUUUGUUCAAAAGAAAAAAACAUUGGGAGGAUUAAGGUUUAGGGAUAUGACAUGUGGCUUCCUCGUGAUGAUGUCGAGAGCGCGUUGAGAAAGCACUUCUCUUCAUGCGGAGAGAUCACGGAUGUCUAUAUUCCCACAUCGGAUAGUGCUCUCUAUAGGUCUGGUUAUAUUUAUUUUGUGGGAUAAGGUGCAGUAGACAAGGCACUGCAACUUAUUGGAAGCGAUGUCGGAGGAUGGACCGUCUCUGCUGAGGCUUGUCCGUUUCGUUCCAGUUCUGCUACCCUAAUGGUUAGAGGAUAUGAUCAAGAGCUUAGUGUUAUUGAUAUCAAGAGCGCUUUGAGUAAACAUUUCUCUUCAUGUGGAGAGAUCAGAGUCCAUGUUCUCCGAGUCCAGGGUCAAGGGAGUGCAGCUGUAGUGCGUCUUCAGGGAGAAGACGCAGUAGACAAGGCGCUGGAACGUAGUGUGAUGGACAUGGAAGGACGCAAACUAGUUACUAAGCUUGUUUGUGGAGAGCCAAAAUCCACACUCCACAGGCGUCCUCGCUUCAGGCACCGUUAA